AUGGCAUCUGCGGGCCUCCCGCGCUCCAGCUCCAAUGUUUCUGAACCUCGCGCUUCCCUCAGGUCGCGAAGCAGCGUUGCCGCUUCCAACACCACUCGACACCAUACACCGCGAUCCCUGCCACCAUGGAUAGACUCCUACGAAGCACGGUACGGGUCGCCGACCGAAGACCAGCUCCGCGCACUUGACUGCCCCCCUCCCCGGGCCGCGCAAUCUCACCACAAUCAUUCCCCCAGCCAGCCCCAACGACGGAUCUCCAAAGAUGGCUACGUGUACGAUUUUGGAGGCGUGUUACCUACUGAUGAGGCACCGAGGACCUCGCGAGCAAGGUUACGAAAAUUCAUUUUGCGCAAAGAUGCUGCGGAGCGAGGGAGGAAAUGGGACCACUUGCGCUCAGCCGAGCCUGUGAUUGUGCCUCGAUAUAGCCGGGCAACACCCAACUCACCAUGGCGAAGCUAUCUGCAAUCCUCUCGAUACGGCCAUCUUCCAGGGGAACAUGCUCAGAUCGUUGACCCCGAGGUGCUUAAAGAGCUCCAGCCCAGCUUCGAUAACCCCAUUGAGCCGCCACGACUUCUCGACUCAGCCGGAAACCGGUCCGCAAGGAACAAACUGCUCUACAAGAGAGCUUGGCGGGUCAUCUUACAACACCCAUUGGUGCCUUUGGCUUUCCGCCUUACGGUUCUCCUCACCUCCAUAGUGGCUCUCGCCCUCUCAGCCAAGAUCUUCCAAAUAGAAAACGGCGAGACGGAAACAAACACUUCGGAACGGACACAGUCCAUUGUCGCUAUCGUGGUAGAUACGGUAGCGGUCCCCUAUAUCGGCUACAUGACAUGGGAUGAAUACACUGGCAAGCCAUUGGGACUGCGGCCAGCCACACAGAAGAUUUCGCUUGUCCUGAUGGACUUGUUUUUCAUUAUAUUCAAAUCCGCAAGCACAACACUGGCCUUCGAGGCCCUCGUCUUUCACAACUCCUUGGACCGUCAGGUGAGCCAAUACAGUCAAGCGUUGGCUGCGUUUCAGACCGUCGGUUUGAUAUCAUGGAGCUUCACUUUCACCGUGAACGUAUUCCGCCUCGUACAGAAGCUGGGAAGGGGCGAAGACGAACGUAGAUAG